AUAAUAUUUUUAAUAAAUGUAAAAUUAAUAGCAUGCAUGGUUUAUGAUAAAGAGUUUAGUUUCAAUGGGAAUUAUUAUAUGGUACAGCAAUUUGGUUUUGAUAAACACGGUACAGUAGAGAUAAAUGUAAAAUCAUUAAGUUUAAUAGAUAUAAAUUACUAUUUAAAUAAUAAUAACAAUAAUGAUAAUAAUAACAAUAAUAAUGAUAAUAAUAAUAAAAAUAAAAAUAAUAAUAAAAAUAAAAAUAAAAAUAAUAAUAAUAAUAAAAUUGAUAUAGUACAGAAUGAAAUUAUUAAUACAGCUAAAAUAAAUAAUAAUUAUAAUAUAACAUUAUGGAUUUGCCAAGAUCGAGAUUAUCAAUCAUUAAUAGGGUCAUCACCAUCAAAUACCAUUGAAAGUAAACUAUGUCAAGGUAAUUUAAAUACCGCAAAUUGUCCAAUUAGGAAUGUAACAUUAGCAUCAGGUACAUUUGAAAAGUUUUCAAUUGAGGUUUCUGAUAUGUAUAGAGUAAUUGUAUUAAAAUGUGGUGAUUCUAGAACAGCCAAAAUUCAUUUGGAGUAUACUCUUAAAAAUCCUAAUGGCCAUUUAGAAAAAGGAUACCUUCAAUUACCUUUGCUUUAUAGAUAUAUAGUAAUCAUAAUGUCAAUUCUCUUUGUUAUAGUGAUAAUACAUUGGUAUUUACAUAGAACAGUUUUAAAUGUUAUCCAUUAUAUCUUAUUUAUCAUUUUAUUAUUAAAGCUAGUUUUAAUUAUUAUAGCACUCAGCUAUUGGACAGAUGCAAAUAGUAGCGGUAAAUUUAAUAUUACACUCCGAUACUUUUUAAAUAUUUUUUCAGCAUUAUCAGAAACCGCAUUUUUUUCAAUUUUAUUUGUUUUAUCUAGAGGUUUAAAAGUUACAAGACAAACAUUAACAAGGUCAGAAUUUAGAACUAUUUGUAUUAUAUUGUUAUUCCUUGUUACAGUACUUUUAUUCUUCAUCUUUUUCAAUUCCAUAUAUUUUUAUUUAGCAUUAAUGAUAUUGUAUUUUUUUAUGAUGCCAAAGAUUUUCACAAAUAUCACAAAGAAUCUUAGGGUCUUAUAUGCCAACAUGAUACUUUCAAGAUAUAUUAGUAAUACUGAAUCUGUUAACAAUAUAUCUUUAAAGAAGAAGGUAUUUACCAACUUAAGAUCUGCUGUUGUUCUUUAUUUGGGCGCCAUUCUCUUUGUAAAUAGUCUUAGAAUUGUCAUGGUUUGGUAUCUAUAUUGGCUUGCUUACAGUUUAUCAGAACCCAUGUUUAUUUUAAUGAUGGUAUUCCUUUGUUAUUCCUUUAGACCAAGCAACAGCGAUUCAAAUAUAUUUAGAAACUCAAAUUUAGAUUCAAUAGAUUUUACAGAGAUCGCAAGAAAUAUGGAGUCUAUUUUAAAUCAAAAUACCGAUCCAAUUUUAUUAUCAAAUAUGUUAGAGAUACGUUCUUUUGAUCCAAAUACCUGCUUUAUUAUUAAAUAUCCCAGCCAAAACUCCAAUUUUUCGAUAGCAAUCCAAGAAACUCCCAGCAAUCAUAACACAAAUAAUAAUACCAAAAAUAAAAAAGAU